AUGCAAGCUGCAAGAUGUCCUACAGAUGAAUUAUCUUUAACCAACUGUGCAGUUGUGAAUGAAAAGGAUUUUCAGUCCAGCCAGCAUGUGGUAGUGAGGACCUCACCCAAUCACAGGUACACGUUUACUCUGAAGACACAUCCGUCAGUGGUUCCAGGGAGCAUUGCAUUCAGCUUACCUCAGCGAAAAUGGGCUGGACUUUCUAUUGGACAAGAAAUAGAAGUCUCUUUAUAUACAUUUGACAAAGCCAAGCAGUGUAUUGGCACAAUGACCAUCGAGAUUGAUUUCCUGCAGAAGAAAAGUAUUGACUCCAAUCCUUAUGAUACUGACAAGAUGGCCGCAGAAUUUAUUCAGCAGUUCAACAACCAGGCCUUCUCAGUGGGACAGCAGCUUGUGUUCAGCUUCAACGAAAAGCUUUUUGGGCUACUGGUGAAGGAUAUUGAUGCCAUGGAUCCCAGCAUCCUGAAAGGAGAGGCUGCGACAGGUAAAAGACAGAAGAUUGAAGUAGGACUGGUUGUUGGAAACAGUCAAGUUGCAUUUGAAAAAGCAGAAAAUUCGUCACUCAAUCUUAUUGGCAAAGCUAAAACCAAGGAAAAUCGCCAGUCUAUCAUCAAUCCUGAUUGGAACUUUGAAAAAAUGGGAAUAGGAGGUCUGGACAGAGAAUUUUCAGAUAUUUUUCGACGAGCAUUUGCUUCCAGAGUAUUUCCACCAGAGAUUGUGGAGCAGAUGGGCUGUCUUGGUGCGAACAGUGGUUUGCACAUCAUCAUCUUUGAUGAAAUUGAUGCCAUCUGCAAGCAGAGAGGGAGCAUGGCUGGCAGCACUGGAGUUCACGACACUGUUGUCAAUCAGCUGUUGUCCAAAAUCGAUGGGGUAGAGCAGCUGAACAACAUCCUAGUCAUUGGAAUGACCAAUAGACCAGAUCUGAUAGAUGAAGCUCUCCUUCGACCUGGAAGACUGGAAGUCAAAAUGGAGAUAGGCUUACCAGAUGAAAAAGGUCGACUACAGAUCCUUCACAUCCACACAGCAAGGAUGAGAGACCAUCAGUUACUCUCUACUGAUGUGGACAUUAAAGAGCUGGCUGUGGAGACCAAGAACUUCAGUGGUGCUGAGCUGGAGGGUCUGGUGCGAGCAGCACAGUCCACUGCUAUGAACAGACAUAUAAAGGCCAGUACUAAAGUUGAAGUGGACAUGGAGAAAGCAGAGAGUCUGAAGGUAACAAGAGGGGACUUCCUUGCUUCACUGGAGAACGACAUCAAACCAGCAUUUGGCACAAACCAAGAGGAUUAUGCAAGUUACAUUAUGAACGGAAUCAUCAAAUGGGGUGACCCGGUUACUCGAGUUCUGGACGAUGGGGAGCUUUUGGUCCAGCAGACUAAGAACAGCGAUCGUACACCGCUGGUUAGCGUCCUUUUGGAAGGCCCUCCUCACAGUGGAAAGACUGCAUUAGCUGCAAAGAUUGCAGAGGAGUCCAACUUCCCUUUCAUCAAGAUCUGCUCUCCUGAUAAGAUGAUUGGCUUCUCUGAGACAGCCAAGUGUCAGGCCAUGAAGAAGAUCUUUGAUGAUGCAUACAAAUCUCAACUCAGUUGUGUGGUUGUGGAUGACAUUGAGAGAUUACUUGAUUAUGUCCCCAUUGGCCCCCGAUUCUCUAAUCUGGUAUUACAGGCUCUUCUUGUAUUACUGAAAAAAGCACCACCUCAGGGUCGUAAGCUACUUAUCAUUGGGACCACAAGCCGCAAAGAUGUCCUUCAAGAAAUGGAAAUGCUCAAUGCGUUCAGCACCACCGUCCAUGUGCCCAGCAUUGCCACAGGGGAGCAGCUGUUGGAAGCUCUGGAGCUUUUGGGCAACUUCAAGGAUAAGGAACGUACCACAAUUGCACAGCAAGUAAAAGGGAAGAAAGUCUGGAUAGGAAUCAAGAAGUUGCUGAUGUUGAUUGAGAUGUCCCUGCAGAUGGAUCCUGAGUACCGGGUGAAAAAGUUCUUGGCCCUCCUAAGAGAAGAAGGAACUAGCCCCCUUGACUUUGAAAGUGGACUGCUUGCAACAUAGUGACUAAGGGAAGUGACCAAGGCGAAGACAGCCAGAUCUGCAUUCCUCUUGCUCCAGAUGCAGGACGAAGUGAACCACCUUCACAUGUGUGCGCUUGCUUUGCAUGACUAAUGCAGUGCUGUUCCCUUCCUCAUGCUUACUGGAAUGCCCUGGUGUUUUGUGGAAAGUGUAAACUUGCUUUAGAAUGCUUACUUUCCUUUCCAUAUAAGCGAAGAUGAUUCCCUCUUGCUCAGAAUCUGUGCAGGAGACAUUUGUGCACACUACACAUGUACAGCUCUGCACUACCACCAUCCCCAAAACUCUCACUGUGUGUAAUGAAUGCAGACAACACUUGGCUGUUGAGAAGGAAGGCUUUCACUGCAGACCUCAAGCAGCAAGGAGAGCAUGGCUGCUGUUACGGCCUCUCUGUGCAGGUACUAACGGUAACUGGGCAUUUAAGGGUCUCUGGCAAAAUAGGUUAUUAUCUUUGCUUCAAGAACCAGGGCUUUGAAUAUCCAAGAUCCCAUUUUCAUUCAUUCAUUUUCAAAGAUGUUUUUAGGCUACAAUCAGAUCUUUCUUAACAAGAAAGUCAAUUACUGUGCUGGCUAUGACAUCCCCUUAGUAUAAUUAAUUUGCUCUCUGGUAAGAGAUAUGUUAAUCAUUUCCACUUGGAGAUGUGCUAAAAAACUUUAUGUAUGGAAAAUGUCCACCCCUAAACAGAAAGGAGUUAUUAAAAUAAAGUAAUUUACAAACCUCUCAGUACUAAUUAGUGUCCAACGUUAAGUGGGUCAGUUCCUUAGGAUAAUAUUAAAGGCUUGUUAGUAUUACCACUCAUCUUUUUUCCUUAGCCCAAUGACUUACCUAAAAUUUUUCAUUCCUGUAUUUUAAAUUGUCUAUGUUGGGGCCAGCGAGAUAGCUCAGCAGUCUAAAGUGCCUGCUUAGGCAAGCUUAGGCAGGCACAGGGGACCUUGAU